CGGCGAAGGGGCGGGGCCGCGCGGAGUCAGAGCGCAGGCAGGGAUGAGAAACUUGUCCCGGAUAUUUACCUAACUAUACCUGGCUGUUCAGACGCACCCCGUCCCGAGGUUUCCACAGCGGACAGUGAGGAAUAUGAUCCGUAUCUGACGCGGGACAACAGAGAAACAGUGUGAGACAGGCCGGCCUGGAUCCAUUAAUCGUUUACCUGGAAACCGAGAGAGGACACAUGUCCCCUCUCAGUGACAAGCUGAAGGCAGGGUGUUUGUCUUGAGAGGGAGGCAGAGUUACCGUGGUAACAGACAUGCCAAAACCGGACCUGCUCUGCCUAGUUCAGCUGCUGGACGGCACUAUCGAGACCUUCAGAGUCAGCAAGCAGGAUGAAGGUGUGGUUCUGUUGGACCAAGUAUGCGACCACCUGGGCCUGCAGGAGAGGCGGCUCUUCAGUCUGCAGAUCAGAGAAUCCAGCACAGCCAUCGCCUCUAUCACAGCCAACAUGCACUCUCCUAGAUGGUUGGAGCCUGAGAAACCCUUGAAGAAACAAAUAAAAGGUCUUGCUUCUCCUUUUUACCUAAACUUCAGAGUAAGAUUCUUUAUCUCGGAUCCCAACUCUCUGCAGCAUGAACAGACAAGGCACCUGUACUUCCUCCAGAUCAGGAGUGACAUUAGAGAAGGACGGUUGCAGUGCCCGCUGAGUGCAGCUGUAGUGUUGGCAUCUUAUGCUGUGCAGUCGGAGAUGGGGGAUCACUGUCCGUCCAGACUGCCCGGUUACCUCUCCAAGUGCCACUUCAUCCCUGAGCAGGAUGAAGACUUCCUGUCUAAAGUGGAGGAUCUGCAUCCACAGCACAAGGGGUUGAAACAGAGUGAGGCGGAGCUGUGUUUCCUCAACACAGCACGGACGCUGGAGUUGUAUGGAGUGGAGCUGCAUGCUGCCAUGGACACCAACAACGCCCCUCUGAUGGUGGGUUUAGCCUCCAGCGGUGUUGCAGUAUUCUGUAAUAUGAUUUGCUCCAGUUUCUUCCCCUGGGGGAAUAUCAUCAAGAUUUCAUUCAAGAGGAAACGCUUUCUUAUACAUCUGAAACGUAAACAUGGGGAGACCCAGGAUUGUGAGGUGUCUCUGGUUCUGCCCUGUCCAAAGACCUGUAAGAACCUGUGGAGGUCCUGUGUGGAUCAUCACUCAUUCUUCAGCUCCAGCCGUGCCGCCAGAAGCCCCAAACACAACAACAGCACAGUUCAGUCCUACAGGAAACUGAUAACGCAACAUCUGGGCAUUGGCAACAGUAAAACUGAGAGUGGUCCGGUGUGUCAGCGUGUGGUGGGAGGGAUGGUGUGGAAUCCAGUCCUGAGGAGGUCAAUUUCAUCAGAGUAUCUCGAAACCAAGAGUCUGCCCUCGAGAUCGCCCCCAACCACCCCCAACUGGCGAAGUCCCAGAGUUCGCCACGGCAUCCGCAAACCUCGCCCGUCUUCAGUCGAACUGACCAAUGACAUGAAAGACAUGUCGGAAGGGGAAGAUGUCUUCUACACGUACAGGGCAUCAGUGAGCAGCAGCAAGGACAGCGAAGGAGACACUUCCCCUCAUCAACUUUCUGGCACUUAUAACCAUCCGACAGAUGAGGCUCUGUUGCAAACUGAUGACAGUAUCGCAGAGGAGGACGCUGACCACAGCUUACACCACUAUAAUAAGGGCGCUCUGGGCGACGGUGACUUGAUGCUGAUAUGUAUUGCCCCCGAUCACGAGGGCAAGUUUGGCUUCAACGUUAAAGGUGGAGUGGAUCAGAAGAUGCCUCUUUCCAUAUCCCACGUUAAACCCGACUCUCCGGCAGGUCGAUGUGAGCCCAAACUCCUGGAGGGGGACCUAGUGGUGCUUAUCAACGGUCGAGACAUUUCCGAACACACACAUGACCAGGUCGUCAUGUUCAUACGAGCCAGCAGAGAGUCACACUCCAGAGAAUUGGCCUUGCUCAUCAGACGUAAAGGUCCUGGCCGGGUGGCACCCCUGCUGCAGUUACCUCCCGCCCUCACGCUCACCGGCCAAUCACAGGGAGACAAGCCGCAGUCAGCUGGCCAGUCGGAGCAGGUCACGACACUGGAGGAAUCAGUGAGACAGCUGGAGAGAGGAAUACAGUCUGGCACACUCUGUUUCCAUUUUGAGAAUUUAUACAGGAGGAAGCCUGGUUUGUUUCAAAGCUGUGCUCGGCUCCCUGAGAACAUGGACAAGAAUCGAUAUAAGGAUGUUUUACCUUAUGAUUCUACCAGAGUGGUGUUACAGGACCCGGAGGAUUACAUCAACGCCAGCCACAUCACGGUGGCGCCUCCAGUUUCUGCUAUAUGUUUACGUUAUGUUGCAGCUCAGGGUCCACUGCCACAGACCUGCACUCACUUUUGGCAGACUGUUUGGGAGCAACAGAUACACACCAUCAUCAUGCUAACAACUCUGACGGAGAGGGGACGGACCAAGUGCCACCAGUACUGGCCACAUCCACCGGAAGUGAAGGAUUAUGGGCAUGUGCAAGUGAAGUGUCACUCGGAGGAGUGUAACCUGGCGUAUGUGACACGGCAGUUCACCCUGACACACACACAGCGAGGUGAGGAACGUGCAGUCACACACCUGCAGUAUGUCGCGUGGCCGGACCACGGCGUACCCGAUGACCCUUCAGACUUCCUGCUGUUCAUUAGCUCAGUCAGGGAGAGGAGGAGAGGUGACGAACCACUAAUGGUACACUGCAGUGCUGGGAUUGGACGGACAGGUGUUCUGAUCACCAUGGAAACAGCGCUGACUCUGAUGGAUGCGGGUCGGCCGUUGUUCCCGCUCGAAAUUGUCAAAACACUGAGAGAUCAGCGAGCCAUGAUGGUUCAGACCACGUGUCAGUUCCAGUUUGUGUGUGAGGCUAUCCUGAGAGUCUACAAAGAGAAACAGGAGGGCACUCCAGCACCGUAGCCCAAAUAAGCAACAGGACCAGAACAGACACACUAACCAUUUCAGCCUCAUCUCAUUGCGGAGGACUUCCACAGAGGGACUUACAGCGCUGUAACGGAUUAACCUCUGUCAGUGCCUAUGGGACUGGUACACAGCCUGGGUAAUAAGAGUAUAACCAGCUUCAGAGCACAGCUGUCUGUGAUCUGUGUAGCCUAGAUGCAAUGUGAGAGUAUGAAUCAUACACCUAGUCGGCCUUAGUUUUAAAUGAUAGUACAUUAAGCUUGUAGAGGCUGCAGUCUCCAUAGAGACUGAUGCAAGACUGAUGUGAGCUGCUAAUCUCUGUCCAAGAGGCCACUCAGGAAUGUUGCCUCUACUUAUUAAGUUAUGUGUGCCUUAGACUGACGUUUCCCAGUCAGUCAGCCGACGGAUCGAGCUGGGAAGGAGAGGCAAACUGGGAUUGAUAUAAUCUGUAUUUCCAAAGAUGAAGAGCAAGUCAGGCUUUAGAUCACUACAGCACUGUAUGGUCAUGGUGACCCACCAGAGGAGCAUCAAACCCACUCUUAAAUUAUUACGCACUAAAUAAACACACUGAUUUAUA